AUGGCACUUUUCCAUGCCCGCCGGCCACCAUUCUCGGCGCUCCGUCAACCAGCGACUGUCGCAGUGGCCAAUCCGGCGUACGACGCCUGGGUUAAACAGGAUCAGACCAUCGUGUCUCUCCUGGUCUCGUCCAUGGCGGAUGAAGUUCUUCAUCUUGCACUCGGCCGGGAUACGUCGGCUGCUAUAUGGACCUCCAUCACCGGCGCUCUUGGGUCCUCCAGUCAGGCUCGGUGUCUCACACUGUUAAGCCAAAUUCAGAUGUUGCGCCAAGGCAACGCCACAACCGCAGAUUACCUUGGGAGAGCCGGCAUCCUAGUCGAAGCUCUCAUUCAGGCCAGUCGCCCGCCCACGCUGAUGGAGCAGAAUUUAUAUGUAAUCAGGGGCCUGCGACCGGAGCUGAAGGCUCUCGCCACGUCCUUAACGGCAACCGGGGCGGCGUUAACACUGACGCACCUCUCUGAUUUCUUACAGGCGCACGAAUUUAUUCUGGUGGACGAUUAUCCAUCGCUCGACACCGGCGUCGCCCACACUGCCAUGUACGCCAGAACCGGCUGGGGAUCGCAUGGUGGUGGCAGGCAGCAGCAGUCCUCGCAGCAGCAACGGGGUGGAUGGCCAGGCUGUGGUGGCCAACAUCGCGGAGGCCGUGGUGGUCGCGGAACGCCCAGGUGCCAAAUCUGCCGCUCACACGGCCAUUCGGCAAUCUACUGCUACAAAAGGUAUACGACUCAACCACCGCAGCCUCAAGCGCAUGUUGCCACGUCCGGUGAAGCUCCGGCGCCUCCAUCCACUGUUCCGGGUGAUGGGUGGUACCCAGACACCGGGGCCACCGCCCACGCAACUCCAGACCCGAGCAUGUUAAGCCAAUCAGAUGAGUAUGGCGGAUCAGACGUUCUCAGAGUGGGUAAUGGGGCAGGUUUGUCUAUUUCGCGAAUUGGUCGUGCAACUAUCCCAUCCUUGUCUAAACCUUUUUGUUUGAAUAAUAUUCUGCAUGUACCCAUUCUUUCUGUCCCGUUACUGUCUGUCAAUAAAUUUGCAAUUGACAAUAACGUGUUUUUUGAGUUUCAUGCCAAUUACUUUACUGUGAAGGAUUCCACAACCAACACAAUUCUUCUUAAAGGGCCAACAGCGGGCGGACUGUAUAAACUCCCGGUGUCAAGACAAAAUUUCGCGUUCGUCAGUUCCCGGGCUACUCCCACCACUUGGCACCGCAGGCUAUGA